AUGGCUCCGGUCAAAUCCAUGGACGCAGCACUCUGGAACCGCGAGAAGGACGACAUAGCUACGACGACCACGCCUGAAGCCGUCUCUGCCAGAUCAGUGAGGCAAGACUUUCGACAUAUGGGUAUGAGCGAAGAACCCCAUCCUGCUGCUGAGUGGACAAGUCUACGGAAACCACCUAAGAGUGCAAUGAAGGAAGUCAGGUUCCGGUCCAAAGGCAAAGGAACGAUAAGACCAACAGAAACGGCAGACAGCGCCGACUCGGAUAUCUCAAGCUCUGCGUACGAUGCUGAUACUCAGAAAACCAACGUCCCUCUGUCAUCUGAUGCAUCGAGAGAAGACGAGCCCGAGAGCAUAUGGAGCUCCGCAGUGUCUAGACGCUACGGCAGCUCGGAAGAAUCUGUCACGCCAAUCCCGACCCAGCCGCUCAUGAAGGAAGACGAACCGAAGGAUCGAGUUGAUGCAGCCGACAAGAAUACUGCAGAAGGAAGCGAGAGAACGAAGUCGAGGAGCGAAGAAAGCCCUGCCACUAUUGCACGACUGAGUCGUAAGAGCAUCGUGGUGGCAGGCAAGAAGGGCAUCGCAAGGAUUUUGCCUAAGAAGAAGGUGAAGCCGCAGUAUUGA